GAGCGGUGGCGGCGCCGCAGCCGGGGUCGGAGCGCAGGAGCCGACGGGGCCCGACCGGGAUGGUGCAGCGGCGGCUCCGCGGCGCACACACGCGCUGAGCGGGCCCAAGCUGGGCCCCGCGCCCCCCGCGCCUCCCGCCGCCCCGAUCCCGGCCGGCAUGAUGUGCCUGGAAUGCGCCUCGGCGGCGGCGGGCGGCGCGGAGGAGGAGGAGGCGGACGCGGAGCGGCGGCGCCGGCGCCGGGGGGCGCAGCGAGGGGCUGGCGGUAGCGGUUGCUGCGGGGCGCGGGGCGCGGGCGGCGCUGGAGUCUCGGCCGCGGACGAUGAGGUGCAGACGCUGUCGGGCAGCGUAAGGCGGGCCCCGACCGGACCCCCCGGCACCCCUGGCACCCCCGGCUGCGCAGCUACUGCAAAGGGCCCCGGCGCGCAGCAGCCCAAACCGGCCAGCUUGGGCCGCGGGCGGGGGGCAGCCGCCGCUAUCCUCAGCUUGGGCAACGUGCUCAACUACCUGGACAGGUACACCGUGGCAGGCGUCCUUCUGGACAUCCAGCAGCACUUUGGGGUCAAGGACCGAGGCGCCGGCCUGCUGCAGUCAGUGUUCAUCUGUAGCUUCAUGGUGGCUGCCCCCAUCUUCGGCUACCUGGGCGACCGCUUCAACAGGAAGGUGAUUCUCAGCUGUGGCAUUUUCUUCUGGUCGGCCGUCACCUUCUCCAGCUCCUUCAUUCCCCAGCAGUACUUCUGGCUGUUGGUCCUGUCCCGGGGGCUGGUGGGCAUCGGUGAGGCCAGCUACUCCACCAUCGCCCCCACUAUCAUUGGCGACCUCUUCACCAAGAACACGCGUACGCUCAUGCUGUCCGUCUUCUACUUCGCCAUCCCACUGGGCAGUGGCCUGGGCUACAUCACUGGCUCCAGCGUGAAGCAGGCAGCCGGAGACUGGCACUGGGCAUUGCGGGUGUCCCCUGUCCUGGGCAUGAUCACAGGAACACUCAUCCUCAUCCUGGUCCCGGCCACUAAAAGGGGCCAUGCUGACCAGCUCGGGGACCAGCUCAAGACCCGGACCUCAUGGCUCCGAGAUAUGAAGGCCCUGAUUCGAAACCGCAGCUACGUCUUCUCCUCCCUGGCCACGUCGGCUGUCUCCUUCGCCACAGGGGCCCUGGGCAUGUGGAUCCCGCUCUACCUGCACCGCGCCCAAGUUGUGCAGAAGACAGCGGAGACGUGCAACAGCCCGCCCUGUGGAGCCAAGGACAGUCUCAUCUUUGGGGCCAUCACCUGCUUUACGGGCUUUCUGGGUGUGGUCACGGGUGCAGGAGCCACGCGCUGGUGCCGCCUGAAGACCCAGCGGGCCGACCCACUGGUGUGUGCCGUGGGCAUGCUGGGCUCUGCCAUCUUCAUCUGCCUGAUCUUCGUGGCUGCCAAGAGCAGCAUCGUAGGGGCCUAUAUCUGUAUCUUCGUCGGGGAGACGCUGCUGUUUUCUAACUGGGCCAUCACUGCAGACAUCCUCAUGUACGUGGUCAUCCCCACCCGGCGGGCCACUGCUGUGGCCUUGCAGAGCUUCACCUCCCACCUGCUGGGGGAUGCCGGGAGCCCCUACCUCAUUGGCUUUAUCUCAGACCUGAUCCGCCAGAGCACCAAGGACUCCCCGCUCUGGGAGUUCCUGAGCCUGGGCUACGCGCUCAUGCUCUGCCCCUUCGUCGUGGUCCUGGGUGGCAUGUUCUUCCUCGCCACCGCUCUCUUCUUCCUCAGCGACCGCGCCAAGGCUGAGCAGCAGGCUCUCCCACCUCCCCCUGGGGCUGACGAGGUCCCUGCCCAGCACCUCCGGUCAGCUGGCCCCCAGGACGCGAUGUGCCAGAGCAGUGCCCGGGCCCGGCCCCCGCUGAUGCGCCGCCCUGACCCCCACCCGUCUCUCCCCCAGGGUGAACCAGCUGGUGAUGCCGCCCGCAUCUGUGAAAGUCUGAGGUGGUGCCAUUGGGACAAUGAAGAACUCACAUUCCCACCUCAUCCGGGAGGUGUCCUACAGCGUCCGGGACCGGCUGGGCUGCCCCAAAGCUUUGUGUGUGAUCCACGGCUGGGCAUCCCCCCUCUCUGGCCUGGGCCUGCUGAGUGGCCCUGGCAUCAAGAAGAGGCUGUGUCCUCAGUUACCCUGGAAGGAUGUGUGUGUUGGAGCCACAUGGUUGGACAGAUUCCCAGCCCUAGGUUUGGGCUGCAGGGCCCCUGGGGCCAAGGAAGAAGACAGCCCCAAGUGGGUGUCCGGGGAGAGCCUGGCCUGCCACCAGCUUAUGUGAUCUUGGGCAAGUCCCUGCCCUCCCUGGAACGAAGGGCCAGGGGGCCGGACUUUCCCACACAACUUGCUGGGCAAAGCAGGAUCUGCAGCUUUGAAGACUCGACAGACCCUGGACCUUACAAAGAGCAGGUGGCCCAGGCCUCAGGGCGGCAGUCCCGGCUUUGAGGCUCACGUAAGGGCCUGGUGUGCGGGACCACUUCUUCUCAGCUGGGCCUCGGACCUCGGGGAUAUCGGACUCAACCUGGCAACUGAAGCUGGGCACUCAAGUGGCUGGGUACUCCCUGGCCUGGCUGGUCUCUCUAGAGGACACUCACUGUCUCGGGUUGGCUCCUAGCCUGGAGGUCCCAGAUGGGAACUGUUCUGACAAGCUGGCAUCACCAGGGGUGAAGGCCCUGGCUGCAGCUGUACACCACCUGUGCCCCCAGGCUCGAGGGCUCUAGGAGGGACACACCAGCCCACCUCUACAGGACUCCUCUCCCUGCCACCACCCCCCAAGCCAGGAACCCACUCCCUCCCUGAGGCUGAGCCAAGCCUUUUCCAGGGGCAGGGCCCAGGAGACCAUUCCCAGAAUCCGUGGGGCAGCAGCCAGGUCUCCGGCUGCUGGAGGAAGCAGCUAUCCACAAAGCUUCCUGCCCCAGAGCUGAGGCCGAGGCCCCCGGGAGACGCCAGCCCUACCCGCUGGUAUUCCACCAAAUGACCCUGGGGGCCAGGCCUUCGAUCACCCACGUCCCAUCCGUGCACACACCGGGAUGCGGCUGCCAACUUCACACCAGCCCCAACCCACUUUGGGGGAGCUUACCUCCUGCGUCACACACUCCCUGCGCAUCUGCUGCAAUCGAGGUGGUUCUGGUGCUGGGGGUGGGGCCCUUGUGGCCAACAGGAGGCCCCAAGAGCCGGCUUGGACAAUGCUCUUCUUGCUCCUUAGUUACUGGCUGGCUGUGGCUUCAGUGGUGUGUAAGCUAGUGGAACACCCACCCACCAAGCUCUGGGGUACCCUGGGGGUCUGACAAGAGGAUGGGGUGGGGGUGGUAUCCCCCAAAGACCAGCCUCAGCCUCAGCAGGGCCCCAGCGAUGUUUUCUUGUUGUACAAGAACCAGGUCCGAGUGUUGCCUCCUCUUCCUUCCGGAAGCCAAACUGCUCCUUUAUUUUUUAGGGCUGCUGAUUGUGAAUCUCAGAGUCUUAAGAGAGAAGCCAAAUAUAUUCCUCUUGUAAAUGAAGAAAUAAACCUAUUUAAAUCAC